AUGGAGCCCUGAUCGCUGGCGGCAUCCGCGAUCUCCUUCCCGGAGCUGCUGGAGCUGGCGCCAUUUCCAGAUCGCUCCAUUUCCACGCAAAGACAAACCUAAAGAGGAGACGAUGGCGGCCCCUAUCCCGGAGGAAGUGAUGGAGGGCGUGAGCGGCAUGGACGAUCGAUUGGAGCGGCUGGAGCAGCACAUGAAGAAGCUCCUGAAUUCCUGGUCGCCGGAUGCAUUGGCGCUGCUGGCGCCGGCGGAUCGCGCCUCGGCCUACAUGGCCGUGUCCAAGGCGCUCAAUGCCGUCUAUUGCUUGCUCUUGAGGACGCGGGGAGAAUGCCCGGAGGAUCAUCCCGUGAAAUCCGAGCUGGACAGAGUGAAUCUCUACGACGAGAAGGUCCAGUACGCCUGCGAUAGAAGCAAAGCCCCGCGACCAACGUUGAGCUUGGACGUCAAGGCCGCGAAUCGCUUCAUCGAGCACGGGAUUCCUGAUCUCACAGAAGAACAAAAGCUCCUUGUGAGAGAAGCUGGAAUGAGGACGACGACGAAGAAGAACAACCGGCCGCGACCCGAUCACUCCUCCAGCAAGAGGCUCAAGUCUGGCGAAUCGGUGGCUGACGCAGCAGCAGCGUUUCUGGCCGUGGCCAGCAAAGAGAUUGGCCUCGCAGGAAACGAAGCCUCCAUUGACAAAGCAGCAACUUAACUCCGAAGCGAGAGAGAGAGAGAGCGCGCGCUCGAGAAACUCUGAUAGCUCCCAGGCUUUUCUCCGAGGGGAAGCCAGAGUUCUAACGCGAGAGAAGCGAGUUUCACGGUGGUGGAGACCGAGCCAUGAAUCGAAACCCCACACGUCACAGAAUGGAAUUCUGGUUGUGAAGCUAUUGAUUGGGCAGAAAGGUGGCGAUGGGAUUGGAUCAAA